AUGGACAAGGGCACGGGAGGCUGCGGCAGGGCCUUGGUGCCGGACGUCCUCGCGGAAAUCUUGAGUCGCCUCCCGCCCAACACUCGCCGCCGGCUCCGCCUCGUCUGCCGGCACUGGCGCCACACCGUCGACACGUGCACGGCCACCGACCUGCGUCCGCGCCGCGCCAAGACGAUCGUCGCCAUCGCGGAGACCGCGUUCGUUUACGAAGACCUGUCUGCAGCUGGGCGCCCCAGGGAGCUGUGGACUCAUGCCAUGGCUGACGGCUUCAAGGGCAUGACUAUGGUUGGCACCUGCAACGGCCUCAUCUGCCUGUGCGACGACCGAGAGCCCGGCGGCGCCAUCACGCUGGCCAACCCAGUCACCGGAGGGACGCUGCCUAUCCCGCCGCUGCCACCGCCGUCGCACGCCGGUGGUAACCGCAAGUGGCACCGGACAUACAGCUUCACGUACCACCCCGCAACCGGGCGGUACAAGAUCGUGCACGUUCCACAAAACUUGGACCGGAUAUUGGUGUUCACUCUCGGGGAGGCAUCCUGGCGGGAUGUCCCUACGGUUUACCGUGGCACGAGAUGCGACCUCGACGUUGGCAUCGUGAGCGCCGACGGCUACAUGUACCUGAAGGUGGAGGGCCCGGAUGCAAGGGUGGUUUCAUUCGACCUCGACCACGAGAGCUUCGCAUCCGUUGGGCCGUUGCUGGCUAUACUCUCUAGACAAGGCAGCUGGGGCCUUACGGAGGUGCACGGUAGGCUAGGAAUCGCUUUCACCCACGACGCCGCGGAAGACCUUGUCAGGACGGAUGCUGCUGGUACAUCUUGCAGGUGCGUAGACUACCGCACCAGGCGGCGUCCUCGCAAUGGAUCCACCAGCGCCAUUGUCUCGCAGGGCCACACUUUGCUCAUAGCGGGAAGCACCUCCUGA